AUGGCUGGCAAUGGCGGAUCAUCCUUGUUCUUUCUCUUUUUCCUCGUCGAUGCUUCGAUUUCUCUCGCGUUCUUGCUGGAUUUCGAGGGAGCUAGCGAUCUUGAUCGCAGUCUCUACCAUUCUCCAGCGUUUCUUGCACGGGACUACCAGGAGUUUCUAGAUCGCUUCAAGGUCUACGUCUACCCGAUGAUCCAGAACGCCAGCGCUCCAGAUUUGCGAGAUGGGAAGGCAGCACGGCCAGGUUCGAUAGAUCGAGUCUUUGUGGAUUCGCUGCUGGCCUCAGGGUUUGUGACGGAUGAUCCGGAGGCGGCGGACUUGUUUCUCCUGCCAGCGUCAAUCUCGGCGAUCUGGAAGAAGAGGCCCGAUCCGAAAGGGAUCGCUCACUCCCUCAAGUCUUACAUCCAGCAGCUGCGAGAUCUCUACCCGUAUUGGCAGCGAUCGCUCGGGGCGGAUCACUUCUUCGUCUCGUGCCACGAUAUUACGAGCGACUGGUCCAGGAAUGUUCUUGAGCUCAAGAAGAACGCGAUCCAGAUCGCCUGCUUUCCACUGGCCAGGCAUGGAGCGCAGGAAUUCCUCGCGCACAAGGACAUUACAAUGCCGCCCGCAGGAGGAUCGAUCGAUCCUCCCCAGCGCCGUCGGUGGAAUCUCGCGGUGUACGAUUCCAGCUCCCAGGGCUACGCAGCGAGGGAUGUUCCAGCGUCUUGGAAAUCCGAUGAGAGCUUCGUCGCUGGCGCAGUGGCAUUGGAUCUACAGCUGCUAGUGACAACAAGGUUUUGUCUCAGCCUUGGCUCCAGCGAUCGGCACCUCGUCAUCCCGGCCGUCCGAUCGGGAUGCAUUCCGGUCAUCUUCUCCGCGGGGAAGCUGUCCGAUCUUCCGUUCCAGGACAUUCUGGACUGGAAUAGCUUCGCGAUCGUCCUCAGCCGCGACCAGCUCCACCAGACCAAGGGCAUUCUAGAAUCGAUCGAUGAAGAAAAGCGCUCGAGGUUGCAGGAAAAUGGGGCUAGAGCAGCGAAGCAUAUGGAGUGGCACUCGCCGCCACAGCCGGAGGAUGCGUUCUACAUGGUCUUGUACCAGCUAUGGCGCCGGCGCCACGUCAGUCGCUAUGUGGAUUGA